AUGUAUCGGAUCUGCGUCCGUUCAUUGACCGAAUCCUGGAUAUCAAGGUGGGGUGGCUUCGAGGAAGAAGUCAGGACAUCCGUCCGUGCCUUGACGGGAAACCUAGUGCAAGGUCUCGGUUCAACUUACCCAGAAGAGGUAUUUGCCGUCGGAAAUGAACUGGGAGUUCAGUCCCGAUUUGUCGAACACAUUGGCCACGGCCUAGGAAAUGUAUUCAAAGAGCUUGGUAUCAACGUUCACUUUGCGGACUUUCAGGUCGCCGUCCCACCCGCUGAUAAGCAAGGACUAACAGGUCAAACGGCUAACAAGGAGUAUGGCUCUCGCUCGGUGUACCCGGACCUGCUUAUUGUCUCUGAGGGUGAUUUCAAAAUCCUUGUGGUGGUGGAACUCAAGACCUUUUGGACAUUUCAUAAAAAAGACAAAGAGACCGAAGACGAGUUUAUGGCCAGGUGCCUUGGGCAAGUCGUCCGCUAUAUGGAUGACUUCCACUGUCGGUACUGCUUCUUCACUGAAACGGCAUCGUCGGAUAGUAAGGUAUCAUUGGCGGAGUGCUUCCUGUUCCUUGCAUCAAAGGUCAAUGAUAAAGAUGAAGCUUUCUAUCCGACAAGGGUUGGGAAUGGUAUGAUUGGCAAGAUUCUUGACGUUCGCUUCGUGGACUACCAGGUCAUGGUAUCCGCAUCUGGUGUCAAAAUCCAGCACGUAUACCCCGACCUGGUAGUCAUCUCCCUGGGCAAUCUCCGUAUCCUCGUGGUGGACAAAGUCAAGACCGACUGGACUUUUAAGCCCAAGAAAGGAGAAAGCACUGAGGCUUUUUAG